AUAUAAGUAGUAGCACCACUCUCCCCUCAACCUGUCCAGACCCUCAGCUCCUCCAGUCCAGUUUCUCAUCAGCUAAGGAGAACAAACAAGUGCCAAGAUGUCUGAAAAAAAGAUGACCUCAAGCCGCAAGCAUCAUCUGAAGAGCGUGGUGCUUGCAAUCGCUUCACAGCGGCUUGAAGAGGAAGCGGCUGAACUUAUAGCUGCAAAGGCAGCAUACCUGGAGGAGAACUCCCCAGAGCUCUCUCUUCCCAGUGGGGUGGAGGAACUACAGAAACUGUGCAAAGAGCUACAUGCGAAGAUUGACAAAGUCGAUGAGGACAGAUACGACGCAGAGUCCAAAAUAACGAAGGGAACAAAAGAGGUUGAAGAGCUCAAGUUCAAGGUUACAGAAUUGAAGGGUAUGAAGAAGCCAGCUCUGAAGAAAGUGCGCUUGUCCGCUGAUCAGAUGCUUCAGGCUCUGCUGGGCUCCAAGCACAAGGUUCAAAUGGACAUGAGAUCCAACCUGAAGCAGGUGAAGAAGGAGGUCAAGGAGGAGCCUGCAGUCGCUGCUGGUGACUGGCGUAAGAAUGUUGAGGACAAGGAGGGCAUGGGUGGCAGGAAGAAGAUGUUUGAGGGCGCUGAGGUGUAAAUUUGAGAGCCUGACGAAAUUGAUAUCUGACACAACAACAUGGACAAAGUGAAUGGCAGGAAGAAGAUGGACUGGGGCCAUUUGUACUUGUGUGACAUGUUAUGUUCCCUUCAUUUUUUUUUUUUUGACAUAAACAAAUACUGUUUAUUUCUCAAAAUGUACUACAUUUAGAUGUAAUAGGCAUGUUACAGUUGCAUACCAUAAUCAUUAAACACUGUGUUUUAAA